AACCACGUCGGCCUGGGCCCCAGGAAGGAGGCAAGACCCAGCAGCCCCCAACUCACCAUCUGUGCCCCUUGCCUGGGCGCUGCCCCAACCCCUGGUAGACACAGACCCCCCAACCCUGCUGCCACCAUGGACCACUCCUUCAGCGGGGCGCCCCGCUUCCUGACGCGGCCAAAGGCUUUUGUGGUAUCUGUGGGCAAGGAUGCCACACUGAGCUGCCAGAUCGUGGGUAACCCCACGCCACAUGUGAGCUGGGAGAAGGACCGGCAGCCAGUGGAGGCAGGAGCACGCUUCCGCCUGGCCCAGGACGGGGAUGUGUACCGCCUCACCAUCCUGGAUCUGGCGCUCGGUGACAGUGGGCAGUACGUGUGUCGCGCGAGGAACGCCAUCGGGGAGGCCUUCGCCGCCGUAGGCCUGCGAGUGGACUCGGAGGGCACGUGCGCCGAGCAGGCGCCCCACUUCCUGCUGCGCCCCACCUCCAUCCGCGUGCGCGAGGGCGCAGACGCUACCUUCCGAUGUCGCGUGGGCGGCUCACCACAACCCGCUGUGAGCUGGUCCAAAGAUGGGCGGCGCCUGGGCGCCCCCGACGCCCCCCAUGUGCGCGUGGAAGAUCACGGCGAGGCCAGCGCGCUUCGCAUCCGGUCGGCACGGCCUCGCGACGGUGGCACCUACGAAGUCCGAGCCGAGAACCCGCUGGGUUCCGCCAGCGCCGCCGCCGCGCUCGUGGUGGACUCGGAUGCCGAGGCUGCCGGACCGCCCGGAGCCUCCACCGCCUCGCUCCUGGCGCAUCUGCAGCAGCGGCGCGAGGCCAUGCGCGCAGAGGGCGUCCCCCCCUCCCCACCCGGCGCCGGCACACGCACCUGCACGGUGACCGAAGGCAAACACGCGCGCCUCAGCUGCUUUGUGACCGGCGAGCCCAAGCCCGAGACAGUGUGGAAGAAGGACGGGCAGCUGGUGACCGAGGGCCGGCGCCACGUGGUGUAUGAGGAUGAGCAAGAGAACUUCGUCCUGAAGAUCCUUUUCUGCAAGCAAUCGGACCGUGGCCUCUACACUUGCACAGCCUCCAACCUCGUAGGCCAGACCUACAGCUCCGUGCUGGUGGUCGUGCGAGAGCCGGCGGUGCCCUUCAAGAAGCGGCUGCAGGACCUGGAGGUGAAAGAGAAAGAGUCCGCCACGUUCCAGUGUGAGGUGGCGCAGCCGGCCACGGAGGCGGCGUGGUUCAAGGAGGAGACGCGUCUGUGGGCCAGCGCCAAGUACCGCAUCGAGGAGGAGGGCACCGAGCGCCGGCUGACCGUGCGCGACGUCUCGGCGGACGACGACGCGGUGUACAUCUGCGAGACCACAGAGGGCAGCCGCACGGUGGCAGAGCUCUCCGUCCAAGGGAACCUGACCAGAAAGCUACCCCGGAAGACGGCAGUGCGCGCUGGAGACACAGCCAUCUUCUGGGUGGAGCUAGCUGUCCCCGAGGGCCCUGUCCAGUGGCUGCGGAACCAGGAGGAGAUGGUGGCAGGAGGCCGGGUAGCCAUCACUGCCGAAGGCACGUGCCACACACUCACCAUCUUCCAGUGCACCUUGGAGGACAUGGGUGAGGUGGCCUUUGUGGCUGGUGGCUGCCGGACGACCACCCAGUUCUGCGUAUCAGCGCCCAGAAGGCCACCGCUGUACCCCCCUGCUGACCCUGUGGUGAAGGCCAAGACAGAGAGUUCUGUGACCCUCAGCUGGUCACCACCACCCCACGGGGACCGCCCUGUCACCAUUGAUGGUUAUGUGGUGGAGAAAAGGAGACUUGGUGCUUAUGCCUGGAGCCGGUGUCAUGAGGCGGAAUGGCUGGCCACAACUGAGUUUACCGUGGCUGGUGUGGCUGAGGAGGGCGACUUCCAGUUCCGAGUGUCAGCCAUCAACCACUUUGGCCAGAGCCCUUACCUUGAGUUUCCAGGGACCAUCCACUUGGUCCCCGGGCUGGCUGUAAAGACCCCUCUGAAGGCAGUGGAGGCAGUGGAGGGUGGUGAGGUCACCUUCUCUGUGGACCUCACCGUGGCCUCUGAGGGCGAGUGGUUCCUGGAUGGGGAGGCCUUGAAAGCCAGCAGCGUAUACGUGAUCCGCUGUGACCGUACCCGGCAUAUGCUCACCAUCAGAGAGGUGCCUGCCAGAUUGCAUGGGGCACAGCUGAAGUUUGUGGCUAAUGGCAUUGAAACCAGCAUCCAGAUGGUGGUCCGAGCCGCUCUGGGGCUAGCCAGCAACAGGCUUCCUGCCGUGGCUGCCCGGGAGGUGCUGGCCCGGUUGCACGAGGAGGCCCAACUGCUGGCUGAGCUGUCGGACCAGGCUGCGGCUGUGACUUGGCUGAAGGAUGGCCGCGAGCUGCCCCUAGGACCCAAGUACGAGAUGCAGGUGUCAGCUGGGAGGCGAGCCCUGCUGGUGCGGGAUGUGGUGCAGGAUGAUGCUGGCCUCUAUGAGUGCGUUAGUCGUGGGAGCCGCAUUGCCUACCAGUUGUUGGUUCAAGAGGCCAAGGUGAUGUUUGCCAAGAAGCAGCAGACACACAGCGAGGUGAAGGCAGAGGCGGGGGCCAGUGCCACACUGAGCUGCACGGUGGCCCAGGCCCAGACCGAGGUGACCUGGUUCAAGAAUGGGAAGAAGCUGAGCUCUGGCUCUAAGGUUCGAGUGGAGGCCUCGGGCUGUGAGAGGAGGCUGGUGGUGCAGCAGGCGGGCCAGGCGGAUGCUGGGGAGUACAGCUGUGAGGCCGGGGGACAGAGGGUCUCCUUCCGUCUGGACGUCACAGAACCCAAGGUGGUGUUUGCCAAGGAGCAGCAGGCUCGCAGCGAGGUGAAGGCAGAGGCGGGGGCCAGUGCCACACUGAGCUGCACGGUGGCCCAGGCCCAGACCGAGGUGACCUGGUUCAAGGACGGGAAGAAGCUGAGCUCUGGCUCGAAGGUUCGAGUGGAGGCCUCGGGCUGUGAGAGGAGGCUGGUGGUGCAGCAGGCGGGCCAGGCGGAUGCUGGGGAGUACAGCUGUGAGGCCGGGGGACAGAGGGUCUCCUUCCGUCUGGACGUCACAGAGCCCAAGGUGGUGUUUGCCAAGGAGCAGCAGGCUCGCAGCGAGGUGAAGGCAGAGGUGGGGGCCAGGGCCACACUGAGCUGCACGGUGGCCCAGGCCCAGACCGAGGUGACCUGGUUCAAGGAAGGGAAGAAGCUGAGCUCUGGCUCGAAGGUUCGAGUGGAGGCCUCGGGCUGUGAGAGGAGGCUGGUGGUGCAGCAGGCGGGCCAGGCGGAUGCUGGGGAGUACAGCUGUGAGGCCGGGGGACAGAGGGUCUCCUUCCGUCUGGACGUCACAGAACCAGAGCCCGAGUCCCGAAUUCCAGAGAGACCCAGCCGCAGGGAGCCUGUGGUGGUCAAGGAACAUGAGAACAUUGUCCUGACCGCCACGCUGGCCGUGCCCUCUGUGGCUGCUGUGACCUGGCUCAAAGACGGCGUGGAGAUUCGACGCAGUAAGCGGCAUGAGGCCACCAGCCUGGGUGAUACCCACACCCUGACCGUGAAGGGUGCCCAGGUGCUAGACAGUGCCAUCUACAGCUGCCGUGUGGGCAAGGAAAGUCAGGACUUUCCGGUGCAGGUGGAAGAGGUGGCCGCCAUGUUCUCCAAACCCCUGGAGCCCGUCGAAGGGGAAUUGGGUGGCACCGUGAAGCUGGUCUGCGAGCUGACCCCGGAACAGGCCGAGGUUGUGUGGCGCUGUGGGAGCACACAGCUGCGGGAGGGCAAGCGCUUCCAGAUGACAUCUGAGGGGCCCAGGCGCACCCUGACUGUGUCUGGCCUCCGGGAGGAUGAUGCAGAGGAGUAUGUGUGUGAGAGCCGGGAUGACCGAACCAGCUCACGGCUCACUGUCAAAGUUCCCCGGGUGGUCAAGUUUACAUCUGGAUUGAGCGCCGUGGUUGUCGAGGAAGGUCAAGAGGCCACCUUUCAGUGUGUCGUGUCCCCCGGCGAUGCAGCAGUCACGUGGUACAAGGAUGGCGCCCAGCUGCUGCCCAGCAAGAAGUUUGUUAUGGCACAGAGUGGGGCCACCUGUAGCCUGACCAUCUUGGGUCUGACCCUGGAGGAUGCUGGCCGUGUCACGGUGGAGGCCGAGGGCGCCUCAUCUUCCGCUACCCUCCGGGUCCGAGAGGCACCAGUCCUCUUCAAAAGGAAGCUUGAGCCACAGACGGUGGAGGAGAAGAGCUCCGUGACGCUGGAGGUGGAGCUGACGCGCCCCUGGCCGGAGGUGAGGUGGACACGGAAUGCCGCGGUCCUGGCGCCCAGCGAGAACGUGGAGAUCCGUGCCGAGGGUGCUCGGCACCGUCUGGUGCUGCGCAGUGUGGGCUUUGCGGACCGUGGCUUCUUCGGCUGUGAGACACCCGAUGACAAGACCCAGGCCAAGAUCAAUGUGGAAAUGCGGCAGGUCCGGCUGAUUCGAGGUUUGCAGGCCGUGGAGGCUAAGGAACAGGGCACAGCCUCCAUGGAUGUGGAGUUGUCCCAUGCCGAUGUGGAGGGCAGCUGGACUCGAGAUGGCCUGCGGCUUCAGCCUGGGCCCACAUGUCACCUGGCUGUACAAGGCCCCAUCCACAUCCUCACGCUCUCGGCGCUGAGGCCGCAGGACAGCGGGUUGGUGGCCUUCAGGGCUGAGGGCGUGCACACGUCUGCACAGCUCAUUGUCACCGAGUUGCCGGUGAGCUUCACCCGACUGCUCCAGGACGUGGUGGCCACCCAGAAAGAGAAAGUGACCCUGGAGUGUGAGCUGUCUCGGCCAGUGGAUGUGCGCUGGCUGAAGGAUGGCGUGGAGCUGCGGGCAGGCAAGACCAUGGGCAUAGUGGCCCAGGGAGCCUGCAGGAGUCUCGUCAUUUACCGAUGUGAGAUUGGGGACCAGGGUGUCUAUGUGUGUGAUGCUCUUGACGCUCAGACCUCGGCCUCUCUGAAGGUGCAGGGCCGCAGUGUUCAGAUUCUGAAGCCACUGGAGGAUGUGGAGGUGAUGGAGAAGGAGGGUGCCACCUUCUCCUGUGAGGUGUCCCAUGAUGAGGUUCCUGGCCUGUGGUUCCGAGAAUCCAGCAAGCUACGGCCCAGUGAAAAUGUGCGCAUCCGGCAGGAAGGGAGGACGUACACUCUGAUCUUCCGGAGGGUACUGGCGGAAGAUGCGGGCGAGAUCAAAUUUGUAGCUGAAAAUGUAGAAUCAAGAGCGCACCUCCGAGUGAAAGAGCUGCCCGUGACCCUCCUGCGCCCACUGCGGGACAAGAUUGCCAUGGAGAAACACCGUGGUGUGCUUGAGUGCCAGGUGUCCCGGGCCAGUGCCCAGGUGCGGUGGUUCAAAGGCAGAGUGGAGCUGCAGCCUGGGCCCAAGUAUGAAGUGGUCAGCGACGGCCUUUACCGCAAACUGGUCAUCAAUGAUGUGCAGCCGGAGGACGAAGAUACCUACACCUGUGAUGCCGGUGACGUCAAGACCAGCGCCCAGUUCUUUGUGGAAGAGCAAUCCAUCACUAUCGUGCGAGGCCUGCAGGACGUGACAGUCAUGGAACCCGCCCCGGCCUGGUUCGAAUGUGAGACCUCCAUCCCCUCCGUGAGGCCGCCCAAGUGGCUCCUUGGUAAGACCGUGCUCCAGGCAGGGGCGAAUGUGGGCCUGGAGCAAGACGGUACCGUGCACCGGCUGACACUGCACAAGACCUGCUCCACCAUGACCGGGCCUGUGCAUUUCACCAUCGGCAAGUCCCGCUCCUCCGCCCAGCUUGUCGUCUCAGACAUCCCCGUGGUAUUGACGCGACCCCUGGAGCCCAAAGCAGGGCGCGAGCUGCAGUCUGUAGUCCUGUCUUGUGACUUCAGGCCGGCCCCCAGGGCUGUGCAGUGGUACAAGGAGGACACCCCGCUGGCCCCGUCAGAAAAGUUCAAGAUGGCGCUGGAGGGCCAGAUGGCAGAGCUGCGCAUACUCCGGCUCACUCCGGCUGAUGCUGGGCUCUACCGGUGCCAGGCGGGUAACGCCCAGAGCAGUGCCAAGGUUACUGUGGAAGCUCGGGAGGUGACCGUGAUUCAGCCGCUGAAGGAUGCUGAAGCCAUGGAGGAAGGCCGGGUCUGCUUCUCGUGUGAGCUGUCCCAUAAGGACGAGGACGUCGAGUGGUCCCUCAAUGGGACGCCCCUGUACAAUGACAGCUUCCACGAGAUCAGCCACGAGGGCUGUCUCCACACACUGGUGCUAAAGAGUGUCCGGCAGGCCGACGCAGGGACUGUGCGGGCCACCUCCCAAAAGGUGUCGCUUUCUGCCCAGCUAGUGGUCAGAGCAAAGCCAGUGGUGUUCCUGAAAGCACUGGAUGACGUGUCUGCAGAAGAGCGUGGUACGCUGGCCCUGCAGUGCGAGGUCUCAGACCCUGGAGCACGCGUGGUUUGGCGCAAAGACGGUGUGGAGCUGGGUCCCAGUGACAAGUAUGACUUCUUACACAAGGCAGGCUCUCGGGGCCUUACGGUACACGACCUGAGCCAUGAGGAUGCCGGACUGUACACCUGCCACGUGGGCAGUGAGGAGACCCGGUCCAGGGUCAGCGUGCAUGAUCUGCACGUGGGCAUCACCAAGAGAUUAAAGACAGUGGAGGUGGUGGAGGGAGAGAGCUGCAGCUUUGAGUGUGUCCUGUCCCACGAGAAUGACAGUGACCCAGCAGUGUGGACCGUCGGUGGGAAGACAGUGGGUAGUUCUGGCCACUUUCGGGCCACUCGCCAGGGCCGCAAAUACACUCUGACAGUCAAAGACGCCGCGCUCAGUGAUGCAGGGGAGGUGGUCUUCUCAGUGAUGGGCCUCACAUCCAAGGCCUCGCUCAUCAUCAGAGAGAGGCCAGUGGAGAUCACAAAGCCCUUGGAGGACCAGCGGACUACGCUUGGAGAACACGUGACGCUAAGCUGUGAGCUGUCCAGGGCGGGCACCUCCGUGCGCUGGCUGAAAGAUGGGAAGGCCAUCCGGAAGAGUCAGAAGUACGACCUGCUCAGUGAAGGCACGCGGGCCGUGCUGGUUGUCCGCGAGGCCUCGAUCAAGGAUUCUGGAGAGUACACCUGUGAGACGGAAGCUUCCAGAAGCACCGCCAGGCUCCUUGUGGAAGAAAAGGCAAACCGCUUCACGGAGGAGCUGGCUGACCUGCAGCUGGAGGAGAAGGGCACAGCUGUGCUCACAUGCAAGACAGAGCACCCAGCAUCUGUCGUGACCUGGCGCAAAGGCCUUCUGGAGCUGCGUGCCUCAGCGAAGCAUGCCCCCAGCCAGGAGGGCUUGACCUUGAAGCUCACCAUCAAUGCCCUGGAGAGGACAGACAGUGAUACCUACACCUGUGACAUUGGCCAAGCCCGGACGCAGGCCCGGCUCCUCGUCCAUGGCCAGAAAGUGCGCAUUACCGAGGACCUAGAGGACACGGCCGUCCAGGAGGGCUCCUCCGCCAGGUUCUGCUGCCGUAUCUCCCCUGCUGAAUACAGCCCGGUACACUGGUUCCUGGAUAAGACCCCCUUGCACAGCAAUGAGCUGAAUGAGAUCACUGUCCAGCCUGGAGGCUACCAUGUGCUCACCCUGCGGCAGCUGGCACUCAAGGACUCAGGCACUGUCUACUUCGAGGCGGGUGAUCAGCGGACCUCAGCUGCCCUGCGGGUGACUGAGAAGCCGAGCAUCUUCUCUCGGCCACUCACGGAUGUCACAGUCACAGAAGGCGAGGACUUGACCCUUGUCUGUGAAACCACCACCCUGGAUAGCUCUGUGCGCUGGACCAAAGAUGGGAAGACCCUGAGGCCCUCCGCACGAUGCCAGAUGAGCUAUGAAGCCUGUCGGGCCCAGCUGGUCAUCAUUGGUACCACCCUGCAAGAUGGUGGGCGAUACAAAUGUGAGGCUGGCGGAAGCUCCAGCAGCUCCAUCGUCAGGGUCCAUGCUCGGCCCGUGCGGUUCAGGGAGUCCCUGAAGGAUGUGGAGGUGCCAGAGGGCAGGGCUGCUACUCUACGCUGCGUGCUGUCAUCUGUGGCUGCACCUGUGGAGUGGCGUCAUGGAGAUGACGUCGUGAAGUCCAGCAGCAAGUAUAGCCUGCGCCAGGAGGGGGCUGUGCUGGAGCUGGUCAUCCGAGACCUAAAGCCCCAGGACAGUGGGCAGUAUUCAUGCUCCUUUGGGGACCAGACAACUGCAGCCACACUCACAGUGAAAACCGCGACUGCCCAGUUCAUAGGAAAAUUGAGGAACAAGGAGGCCACAGAAGGGACCACGGCCACACUGCGGUGUGAGCUGACCAAAGAGGCCCCCGUGGAAUGGAGAAAGGGGGCAGAGACCCUGAGAAAUGGGGACAAGUACAGCCUGAAGCAGGAUGGAGCGGUGUGUGAACUGCAGAUCUGUAGCCUGGUUGCGGCAGAUGCGGGGGAGUACUUCUGUGUGUGUGGACAGGAGAGGACCUCAGCCACGCUGACUGUCAAGGCUCUGCCCGCCCACUUCAUCGGAAGGCUCAGAAGCCAGGAGGCCACAGAAGGGGACAUGGUCACGCUGCGGUGUGAGCUGAGCAAGGCUGCCCCUGUGGAGUGGAGGAAGGGAACAGAGAUCCUGAGAGAUGGAGGCAGAUACAACCUGAAACAGGAUGGGGCUGUGUGUGAGCUGCAGAUCCGCAGCCUGGCUGCAUCAGAUGCUGGGGAGUACCUGUGCCUAUGUGGGCAGGAAAAGACCUCAGCCACGCUGACCAUCAGGGCCCUCCCAGCUAAGUUCAUAGAAGGUCUGAAGAAUGAAGAAGCCACAGAAGGAACCACAGCUACACUGAGGUGUGAAAUGAGCAAGGCAGCUCCUGUGACGUGGAAGAAAGGAGCAAAGACUUUGCAAGCUGGAGACCGAUAUGACCUGAGGCAGGACGGCGCCGUGUGUAGGCUGCAGAUCCAUGGUCUGACCAUGGCCGAUGCCGGGGAGUACUCAUGUGUGUGUGUGCAGGAGAAGACUUCAGCCACGCUCACGGUCAGGGGCCUGCCUGCCAAAUUUAUAGAAGACUUGAGGAGCCAAGAAGCCACAGAAGGGGCCACAGCCACAUUAAGGUGCGAGCUGAGCAAGGCUGCCCCUGUGGAGUGGAGGAAGGGGUCCGAGACCCUGAGAGAUGGAGGCAGAUACACCCUGAGGCAGCAUGGAGCUGUGUGUGAACUGCAGAUCUGUGGCCUGGCCGUGGUGGAUUCUGGGGAGUACUCAUGUGUGUGCGGACAGGAGAGGACCUCAGCCACACUGAAUAUCAGUGCCAUGCCCACCAAGUUCACAGAGUCCCUGAGGAAUGAAGAGGCCACAGAAGGGGCCAUGGUCACACUGAGGUGCCAAAUGAGCAAGGUUGCCCCUGUGGAGUGGAGGAAGGGAGAAAAGACCCUCAAAGAUGGGGACAGAUACAUCCUGAGGCAGGAUGGGGCCACGUGUGAGCUGCAGAUCCGUGGCCUGGCUGUGGAAGAUGCUGGGGAGUACUCAUGCCUGUGUGGGCAGGAGAAGACCUCAGCCACGCUGAGUGUCACAGCCCUGCCCACCAGAUUCAUAGAAGACUUGAGAAGCCAAGAGGCCACCGAAGGCACCAUGGUCACACUGAGGUGCCAGCUGAGCAAGGCUGCCCCUGUGGAGUGGAGGAAGGGGUCUGAGAGCCUGAGAGAUGGGGGCAGAUACAGCCUGAGGCACGAUGGGGCUACGUGUGAGCUGCAGAUCCGUGGACUGACCAUGGAAGAUGCUGGAGAGUACUCAUGCGUGUGUGGGCAGGAGAAGACCUCAGCCACGCUGAGUAUAGAUGCCCUGCCCACACGGUUCAUUGAAGAGCUGAAGUCCCAGGAGGUCAUGGAAGGGUGCACGGCCACUCUGCAAUGUCAGCUCAGCAAAGAGGCCUCCGUGGCAUGGAAGAAGGGAAGGGAGACCCUCAGAGAUGGAGACAGAUACAAGCUGCAGCAAAAGGGAACCAUGUGUGAGCUGCAGAUCCGUGACCUGGCCAUGGCAGAUGCUGCAGAGUACUCAUGCGAGUGUGGGGAGGAGAAGACCACAGCCAUGCUGACCGUCAAGGCACGACCCACCAAGUUCACAGAGGGUCUGAAGAAUGAAGAGGCCACAGAAGGGAGCAUGGUGACUCUGAGGUGCCAGCUGAGCAAAGAAACCCCAGUGGAAUGGAGGAAGGGAACAGAGAUCCUCAGAGAUGGAGACAGAUAUAGUCUGAGACAGAACCAGGCUGUGUGUGAGCUGCAGAUCCGUGGCCUGGCUGUGGAAGAUGCUGGGGCGUACUCAUGCGUGUGUGGGCAGGAGAAGACCUCAGCCACACUGAGUGUCAAGGCCUUGCCCACCAGAUUUAUAGAAGACUUGAGAAGCCAAGAGGCCACGGAAGGCACCAUGGUCACGCUGAGGUGCCAGCUGAGCAAGGCUGCCCCUGUGGAGUGGAGGAAGGGGUCUGAGAGCCUGAGAGAUGGGGGCAGAUACAGCCUGAGGCAGGAUGGGGCCGCAUGUGAGCUGCAGAUCCGUGGCCUGACCGUGGAAGAUGCUGGGGCGUACUCAUGCGUGUGUGGGCAGGAGAAGACCUCAGCCACAUUGAGUGUCAAGGCCCUGCCCGCCAGAUUUAUAGAAGGCUUGAGAAGCCAAGAGGCCAUGCAAGGUACAACAGCCACAAUGCGGUGUGAGCUAAGCAAGAAGGCCCCCGUGGAGUGGAGGAAGGGGUCUGAGAGCCUGAGAGAUGGGGACAGAUACAGCCUGAGGCAGGAUGGGGCUGUAUGUGAGCUGCAGAUCCGUGACCUGGCUGUGGCAGAUACUGGGGAGUACUGGUGCCUGUGUGGGCAGGAGAGGACUUCGGCCACCCUGAGCAUCACGGCCCCGCAGGUGGUGUUCCAGAAACCGCUGCAGAACCUGAAAGUGGAGGAAGGUUCCACGGCCAGCCUGCAGUGUGAGCUGUCAGUCCCCGAUGCCGCUGUGGUUUGGAGCAAGGGUGGCUUGGAGCUGCAGGCUGAUGCGCGCCGAGAGCCCCGGCAGCAGGGGUGUGCGGCUGAGCUGCUGCUUAGGGAUGUGCGCCGCGAGGAUGCGGGCGAGUACAGCUGCACCUGCGGCUCCCAGAGCACGAACGCCACACUCGUGGUUACGGCUGCUCCCGUGCGGUUCCUCAGGGAGCUGCAGGCCCAGGAGGUGGACGAGGGGACCACGGCGCACCUGCACUGUGAGCUGAGCCAGGCGGCUGCAAGCGUGGAGUGGCGCAAGGGCUCCCUGCAGCUCUUCCCUUGUGCCAAGUACCAGAUGGUGCAGGAGGGCACGACGGCUGCGCUGCUGGUCCGAGAGGUGGAGCAGGAGGAUGCCGGUGAAUACGUCUGCGACGCAGGCCACGCGCAGAGCAUCGCCAGACUCUCAGUUCGAGCCCCCAAGCCCAGGUUCAAGACCGGCCUGCAGAGCACCGAGCAGGAAGCAGGUGGCGUGGCCCGGCUGUGUUGCCGGCUGAGCGAGGCUGAGCCAGGGGCUCCAGUGCAGUGGUUCAAGGAGGGUGUGGAGCUGCGCAUCGGCUCCAAGUACGAGAUGCGGCGCCAGGGGGCUGCGUGCGAGCUGCUGAUCCACGGGCUCGAGACCAAGGACACCGGGGAAUAUGCCUGUGUGGUGGGAGGCCAGAAGACCUUGGCCUCUCUCAGAGUCAAAGAGCCUGAGGUGACCAUUGUACGGGGACUGGUUGACAUGGAGGUGCAGGCUGACGAGGAUGUGGAGUUUACUUGUGAGGUGUCGCGAGCAGGAGCCACAGACGUGCAGUGGCGUCUCCAGGGUCUGCCGCUGCAGAGCAAUGAAGUCACAGAGGUGGCCGUUCUUGGAGAUGGCCGUACCCACAUGCUCCAGCUGAAGGGUGUGACACUGGAGGAUGCUGGCACCGUCUCCUUCCAUGUGGGCAGCCAUUCAUCGUCUGCUCAGCUCACGGUUCGAGUCCCUGAGGUGACCAUUCUGGAGCCCCUGCGAGAUGUGAAGCUCAGCGAAGGCCAAGACGCCCAUUUCCAGUGCCGGCUGUCCAGGGCCUCAGGCCAGGAGGCCCGCUGGGCUUUGGGAGGGGUUCCUUUGCAGUCCAAUGAGAUGAACGACAUCACUGUGGAGCAGGGCACGCUCUACCUGCUCACUCUGCAUAAGGUGACCCUGGAGGAUACGGGAACCAUCACUCUCCAAGUGGGCUCAUGCUCCUCAGAAGCCCAGCUGAAGGUCACAGCCAAGAACACAGUGGUGCGUAGCCUGGAGAACGUGGAUGCCCUGGAGGGCGGCGAAGCUCUGUUCGAGUGCCAGCUGUCCCAGCCUGAGGUGGCUGCCCACACCUGGCUCUUGGAUGAUGAGCCUGUGCACACCUCGGAAAACGUGGAGAUGGUCUACUUUGAGAAUGGGCUGCGGCACUUGCUGCUGCUCAAAAACCUGAAGCCACAGGACAGCUGCCGAGUGACCUUCCUGGCUGGGGAUGUGGUCACAUCUGCAUUCCUCACCGUGAGAGGCUGGCGCUUGGAGGUCCUAGAGCCCCCACGAGAUGCGUCCGUGAGAGCUGGUAUGCAGGCCUCCUUCACGUGCACACUAAGUGAGGCGGUGCCUGUGGGCGAGGCUACGUGGUACAUCAACGGGGCUGCCAUCCAGCCUGAGGACACCGACUGGACGGUCACCGCAGAUGGCAGCCACCACGCCCUGACGCUGAGCAAUGCCCAGCCCCAACACACAGGAGAGGUCACAUUUGCAGCUCGUGAUGCUGUGGCCUCUGCACGCCUCUCUGUGUUGGCCCUCCCUGACCCCCCUGAAGAUGCUGAGGUGGUGGGUCGUAGUGGCCGUUCUGUGACCCUAUCCUGGGUGGCUCCCAUGAGUGAUGGUGGCGGCGGUCUUUGUGGUUAUCGCGUGGAGAUGAAGGAGGCAUCCACCGGCCAGUGGCAGUUGUGCCAUGAGCUGGUACCCGGGCCAGAGUGUGUGGUGGACGGCCUGGUCCCUGGGGAGACCUAUCGCUUCCGAGUGGCAGCUGUAGGUCCGGCAGGUGCUGGGGAGCCUGUACAUCUGCCCCAGAUGGUCAAGCUAGCAGAGCCAACGGAACCUGAACCAGUCCCAUCUCCAGCCCCAGUCAAAGCCCCAACCCCAGCCCCAGCCAAAGGCCCAACCCCAACCCCAGCCAAAGCCCCAACCGCAGCCCCAACCCCAACUCCAACCCAGCCCCCAGCCCCGGAGACACGCCAGGCAGUAGUUGGUGAGGACGUGUGUCUGGAGUUGGAAGUGGCAGCUGAGGCUGGUGAGGUCAUCUGGCACAAGGGAACAGAGCGCAUCCAGCCCGGCGGACACUUUGAGGUCCUCUCUCAGGGUCAGCGGCAGAUGCUGGUGAUCAAGGGCUUUAGGACAGACGACCAAGGGGAGUACCGCUGUUGUCCCGCCCGGGGUCCGCCCUCCUCAGGGGCUGCCACGUUUAAUGUGGUCAUGUCCUCAGGCUCUGGGGAUGAGGUCCCCUCGCAGCCCAGCCUGCCUCCUGAGGCAGCCCAGGAGGGUGACCUGCAUCUGCUCUGGGAGGCCCUUGCCCGGAAGCGCCGCAUGAGUCGGGAGCCCACUCUGGACUCCAUCAGUGAACUGCCUGAGGAAGACAGCCGUGUGCAACAUCUGCGGCAGGAGGCAGAAGAGACAGCCCCUGACCUCUCUGAGGGUUACUCCACAGCCGACGAGCUAGCACGCACAGGAGAGGCUGACCUGUCACACACCAGCUCUGACGACGAGUCCCGGGCUGGCACCCCUUCCCUAGUUACCUACCUCAAGAAGGCUGGGGGUCCUGGGAUCUCACCCCUGGCCAGCAAGCAUGGGGCCCAGGUGGCCGCCUCUGUGAAGCCACAAAAGCAGCAGGAGCAAGUAGUGCCCAUGUGCCCGCUGCCGGGAGACUUGAGUGCAGCCGACCUGAAGGAUCCGUCCCUGGACAAGGCAGCUGUGAAGAUCCAGGCUGCCUUUAAGGGCUACAAAGUGCGGAAGGAGAUAAAGCAGCAGGAAGGGCCUGUGUUCUCCCGGACAUUUGGGGACACGGAGGCACAGGCUGGGGAUGUGCUGCGGCUGGAGUGCGUGGUGGCCAGCAAGGCGGAUAUGCGGGCCUGCUGGCUGAAGGAUGGCAAAGAGUUGACCGACGGGCGGCACUACCACAUAGACCAGCUCAAGGACGGCACCUGCUCUCUGCUGGUCACUGGCCUGGGCCCCACUGACACUGGCCGCUACACCUGUCAGGUGAGCACCAAGUUCGGCCGUGUGAGCCACAGUGCCUGUGUGGUGGUCAGUGGGACAGAGAGUGAGGCUGAGAGCUCCUCAGGAGGCGAGCUGGACGACGCCUUCCGCCGGGCCGCCCGGCGCCUGCACAGGCUCUUCCGAACCAAGAGCCCAGCUGAGCUGUCAGAGGAGGAACUCUUCCUCAGCGCCGAUGAAGGCCCUUCGGAGCCAGAGGAGCCGGCGGACUGGCAGACAUACCGAGAGGACGAAAACUUUGUGUGCAUCCGCUUUGAGGCGCUCGAGGAGGCCCGCCGAGCGGUCACCUGCUUCCGUGACAUGUUUGCCACCAUGGGCAUCGGGGUGGAGAUCAGCCUCGGGGAGCAGGGACCCCGGGGCGUGGAGAUGCGCAUUGGCAAGGUGGCUCCCACUGUCACCCCUGCGGCGCCACCAGCAAAGACCCCUGGCCUGCAGACUUCAGAUGCUGCCCCAGUGUUCCUGACGGAGCUGCAGAACCAAGAAGUGCAGGAUGGCUACCCCAUGAGUUUCAACUGCGUGGUGACGGGCCAGCCUGUGCCCAGUGUGCGCUGGUUCAAGGACGGCAAGCUGCUGGAGGAGGAUGACCACUACAUGAUCAAUGAGGACCAACAGGGCGGCCACCAGCUCAUCAUCACGGCGGUGGUGCCAGCAGACAUGGGUGUCUACCGCUGCCUGGCGGAGAACAGCGUGGGAGUCUCCUCCACCAAGGCGGAGCUUCGUGUGGAGCUGACCAGCACAGACUAUGAUACCGCAGCGGAUGCUACUGAGACCUCAUCGUACUUCAGCGCCCAGGGAUACCUGUCCAGCCGGGAGCAAGAGGGAACCGAGUCAGAUGAGGGGCAGCUUCCCCAGGUGCUGGAGGAGCUGAAAGACCUCCAAGUGGCCCCUGGCACACGCCUGGCCAAAUUCCAGCUCAAGGUGAAAGGCUAUCCAGCCCCCAAACUGUACUGGUUCAAAGAUGGCCGGCCCCUGACCACAUCUGCCCACAUCCGCAUGACUGACAAGAAGACCCUGCACACCCUGGAGAUUGUCUCAGUCACCCCAAAGGACAGUGGCCAGUAUGCAGCCUACAUCAGCAAUGCUGUGGGUGCUGCUUAUUCGUCGGCCCGGCUGCUGGUCCGAGGUCCCAGUGAACCAGAAGAGAAGCCAGCAUCAGAUGUGCAUGAGCGGCUGGUGCCACCCCGGAUCCUGGAGAAGUUCACCCCCAAGAAAGUGAAGAGGGGUUCCAGCAUUACCUUUUCAGUGAAGGUGGAAGGACACCCGGCCCCCACUGUGCAUUGGCUCAAGGAGGAGACAGAGAAGGGGGUGCUGUGGAUUGGCCCCGAUACCCCUGGCUACACCAUGGCCAGCUCCGGCAAGCAGCAUAGCCUGGUCCUGCUGGACGUGGGCCGACAGCACCAGGGCACCUACACAUGCAUCACCACCAACGCUGCUGGCCAGGCGCUCUGCUCUGCCAGCCUGCACGUCUCUGGCUUGGCCAAAGAGGAAGAGCAGGAAAGGGUGAAGGAGGCUCUCAUUUCUUCCUUCUUGCAAGGGACAAGCCAAGCUGUCUCAGCCCAGAUGGUGGAAUCUGCGGGUUUUGCUGAUCUUGCUGCACAAAGGAGAGGGGAGUCCCUGGUAGCUGAAGAGGCCCAUGGUCACCUGUCCCUUGCUGAAGUGGGCACAGAAGAGUUCCUGCAGAAACUCACCUCACAGAUCACUGAGAUGGUAUCAGCCAAGAUCUCACAGGCCAAGCUCCAGGUGCCGGGAGGUGACAGCGACGAGGAGUCCAAGACACCAUCUGCUUCUCCUCGGCAUGGCCGGUCUCGCCCUUCCUCCAGUGUCCAAGAAUCCUCUUCAGAGUCAGAGGAUGGGGACUCCCGUGGUGAGAUCUUUGACAUCUAUGUGGUCACAGCCGACUAUCUGCCGCUGGGGGCCGAGCAGGACGCCAUCAUUCUGAGAGAAGGCCAGUAUGUGGAGGUCCUGGAUUCAGCCCACCCCCUGCGCUGGCUUGUACGCACCAAGCCCACCAAAUCCAGCCCUUCUAGGCAGGGCUGGGUGUCGCCUGCCUACCUGGACAAGAGGCUCAAGCUGUCUCCUGAGUGGGGGCCCACUGAGGCCCCUGAGUUCCCUGGGGAGGCUGUGUCUGAGGAUGAGUAUAGAAUGCGGCUGAGCUCUGUCAUCCAGGAGUUGCUGAGUUCAGAGCAGGCUUUCGUGGGUGAGCUGCAGUUCUUGGAAAGUCACCACAUGAAGCACCUGGACCGAUCUCCCCGUGUGCCUACAGCCGUGGCCAGCCAGAAGACAGUCAUCUUCCGGAACGUGCAGGACAUCAGCCGUUUCCACAGCAGCUUCUUGAAGGAGCUGCAGUCCUGUGACACCGAUGACGAUGUGGCCAUGUGCUUCAUCAAGAACCAGGAGGCCUUUGAGAAGUACCUUGAGUUCCUGGUGGGCCGCGUGCAAGCCGAGUCAGUGGUUGUCAGCACCCCGGUGCAGGAGUUCUACAAGAAAUAUGCAGAAGAGACAUUGUCAGCCAAGGACCCCACGCAGCCACCCCCACCUCCACUUCAGCACUACCUGGAGCAGCCAGUGGAGCGGGUGCAGAAAUACCAGGCCCUGCUGAAGGAGUUAAUCCGAAACAAGGCCCGCAACCGGCAGAACUGCGCGCUGCUGGAGCAGGCCUAUGCUGUGGUAUCUGCCCUGCCUCAGCGUGCCGAGAAUAAGCUGCAUGUGUCACUCAUGGAGAACUACCCAGGAACCCUGGAGGCCCUGGGAGAACCUAUCCGCCAGGGCCACUUCAUAGUGUGGGAGGGGGCACCAGGGGCCCGGAUGCCUUGGAAGGGCCACAACCGGCAUGUCUUCCUCUUCCGAAACCAUCUGGUGAUCUGCAAGCCCCGGAGAGACUCUCGGACGGACACCUUCAGCUAUGUGUUCCGGAACAUGAUGAAGCUGAGUAGCAUCGACCUGAAUGACCAGGUCGAGGGGGAUGACCGCGCCUUUGAGGUGUGGCAUGAACGGGAGGACUCUGUGCGCAAGUACCUGCUCCAGGCACGGACAGUCAUCAUCAAGAACUCAUGGGUGAAGGAGAUCUGUGGCAUCCAGCAGCGCCUGGCCCAGCCUGUGUGGCGUCCCCCUGAUUUUGAAGAGGAAUUGGCUGAUUGCACUGCUGAGCUGGGCGAAACAGUCAAGCUGGCAUGCCGAGUGACUGGCACACCUAAGCCUGUUGUCAGCUGGUACAAAGAUGGGAAGCCGGUGGAGGUGGACCCACACCACAUCCUCAUCGAAGACCCUGAUGGCUCCUGUACCCUCAUCUUGGACAACCUGACCGGUGUCGACUCUGGCCAGUACAUGUGUUUUGCGGCCAGUGCUGCUGGCAAUGCCAGCACCUUGGGGAAGAUUCUAGUACAAGUGCCCCCACGGUUUGUGAACAAGGUCCGGGCCACCCCCUUUGUGGAGGGGGAGGAUGCACAGAUCACCUGCACUGUGGAAGGUGCCCCGUACCCUCAGAUCAGGUGGUACAAGGAUGGUGCCCUGCUAACCCUGGGCAACAAGUACCGGAUGCUGAAUGAGCCCCGCAGUGGUGUGCUGGUGCUGGUGAUCCAGGCAGCCAGCAAGGAGGACUUGGGGCACUAUGAGUGUGAGUUGGUGAACCGGUUGGGCUCCACACGUGGCGGUGGAGAACUGUACAUGCAGAGUCCCGCCCUGCGUGCCCGGGACCAGCACCACCGGGAACAGCUGGUGGCCGCUGUGGAAGACACCUCUGUGGAGGACUCAGUCCACCCUACCCAGGAUGGAGCUGACCAAGAUGCCACUUCUGUCCUUUGGAGACUGCUGAGUUCAGAAGCCCUGAGCCCCUCCCCGGGGGAUUUCCCCCACACCAGGCAAAGUGAGCCACCUGCAUUUGAAGAGGCUACUCCCCAGAUCCCACGCAUGCCGGCCUCAGGUAUACCUGCUGACCAACCGGAGGUCUCACAGCCUGACAUGCACAAAGGCGUGGAGCAGGAGACGACAACUUCUGGGGCCCAGGGACGGACUGUACCUAUUCGGGUGGAGGGAACAGCCUGGCCAGGUGCAGGCGCUGGGCCGCUGCUCUUGGAUGUGCACAGCCAAGUCGUCAUGGAGACCACACAGAGGACCUAUGUGUACCAAGUUCCCGACACAAGUGCCGCAAGGGCCCCAUCCAUGCAGGUCACGAUUGAGGAUGUCCAAGUCCAAGUAGGUGACACGGCACAGUUCGACGCUGUCAUCGAAGGCAACCCACCACCCACAGUGACCUGGUACAAGGACAGCAGCCAGCUGGUGAGCAGUGACAGGCUGAGCCAGCGGCAGGAUGGGACUACAUAUUCCUUGGUGCUGACUGACGUGGCUCCACAUGAUGCUGGCGUCUACACAUGCCUUGCCCAUAAUGCAGGCGGACAGGUGCUCUGCAAGGCGGAACUGCUGGUCCACGGGGGGGACAAGCUAGACUCAGAAAAGCAAGCCUACCGGAGAAAACUGCAUUCCUUCUAUGAAGUCCAAGAAGAGAUUGGGAGGUAUGGCUUCCUCACCGUCCCCACAACUCCAGUCCUCCCCAAGGACUCCUCCUCCCCCUUCAGCAUGACGCCUAACCAUGGCUCCCUCUCUCCCUCUUCACCCCCCAGGGGUGUGUUUGGUUUUGUGAAAAGAGUUCAGCACAAAGGAAACAAGAUGUCCUGUGCCGCCAAGUUCAUCCCCCUGCGGAGCAAAACGCGGGCCCAGGCGUACCAGGAACGGGACAUCUUGGCAACACUCAGCCACCCGCUGGUCACUGGGCUCCUGGACCAGUUUGAGACGCGGAAGACUCUCAUCCUUAUCUUGGAGCUGUGCUCAUCUGAGGAGCUGCUGGAUCGCCUCUUCAAGAAGGGUGUUGUGACUGAGGCUGAGGUCAAGGUCUAUAUCCAGCAGCUAGUGGAAGGACUGCACUAUUUGCACGGCCGUGGCAUCCUCCACCUGGACAUAAAGCCCCCCAACAUCCUGAUGGUGCACCCAGCUCGGGAAGACAUUAAGAUCUGUGACUUUGGCUUUGCCCAAAAAAUCACCCCCUCAGAGCCGCAGUACAGCAAGUACGGCGCGCCUGAGUUUGUAUCUCCAGAGAUCAUCGAACAGAGUCCUGUGAGCGAGGGCUCAGACAUCUGGGCCGUGGGUGUCAUCUCCUACCUCAGCCUGACCUGCUCAUCCCCAUUUGCUGGAGAGAGUGACCGUGCCACCCUGCUGAAUGUUCUGGAGGGCCGGGUGUCUUGGAGUAGUCCCAUGGCUGCCCAUCUGAGUGGAGACGCCAAGGACUUUAUCAAGGCCACACUGCAGAAGACCCCCAGGGCCCGGCCUAGUGCUUCUCAGUGCCUUGCCCACCCCUGGUUCCUGAAAUCCAUGCCCGCUGAGGAGGCUCACUUCAUCAACACCAAGCAGCUCAAGUUCCUUCUUGCUCGAAGUCGCUGGCAGCGCUCCCUGAUGAGCUACAAGUCUAUCCUGGUGAUGCGCUCCAUCCCGGAGCUGCUCCAGGGUCCCCCAGACAGUCCGUCCCUAGGCGUGGCGCGGCACCUCCGAGGGGAAGCCAGUGGCUCCUCCAGCUCUUCGUCUUCCUCGGACAACGAGCUUGCCCCGUUCGCCAGGGCUAAGUCGCUGCCGCCUUCCCCUGUGACUCACUCCCCGCUGCUGCAUCCUCGGGGCUUCCUGCGGCCCUCAGCCAGCCUCCCGGAGGAGACAGAAGCCAGCAGCGCGCCCGCGCCUGCGCCCACGGCUGAUGCAGCCCUGCCAGCCUCCCCCCAGGGGGCUGGGCCUCCAGCAAGCCCAGGUUGUGUGCCCCGGCACAGCGUUAUCAGCAGCUUGUUCUACCAGCAAGCUGGUGAGGGGUCAGAGCGCGGGAGCAAAACCAAGCGGCACCCAGCUCGGAGGCGGCACCUGCUGAAGGGCGGGUACUUCGCAAGGGCCCUACCGGGACUCCGAGAACCACUGAUGGAGCACAGUGUGCUGGAGGAGGAGGCCGCUAGGGAGGAGCAGGCCGCGCUGAUGACCAAGACACCCUCCUUUGAGACUGCCCUGAGACUACCUAGUUCCGGUGCCCGAGAGGUCCCAGGCCGAAGCCGUUCCCUGGACCACAACCCACCAGACACCACCGGCCGCUCUCCUGAGGAAUGCGAGGCGCCAUACCUAUUCCCACCCUCCUCUGGGGUGACUCGCGAAGCCACUGCCAAAGACAUGGGGCACUCAAAGGGGUCCUUGCUGCAGGAGUCUGUCCCCUAUUCACCUGCUAGUGGUGACUCCGGGCCCGCUAAGCAAGAGGGAUCGUCCCAGGACGGCUGUCGAGGGAAGCCUGCCCCUUCCUGCCACUCUGACCUGGGUUCUGGCUCCCAGGAGGGCUGCGGCUCUCCAUCAUCACAGUCGCUUGGCUCUUUACCUCCGCAGUCAUUGAAGAAGGACCUCUUGACGCCCUGUAGUCCCUUUGUCACAGGACAGCCUCAGGCAGCCCCAUUCCCAACCCAAGCAAGCCCCCUUCCGGGUUCUCAGAAGGAGCCUGGGGAUAGCUCUCUACAUAGCAGGCCCUGUCCCAGUCCCUCUAAUUCCUCAGGGCCAGCCUCCCAAGUAGGUGCCUCCCUGGAUACUGAAGACUUGUCUGAAGCUAGAGACACCUGUGACUUCACACCCCCCCUGCAGCGGCCGCAGGAGCAGGCCACCACCCGGAAGUUCUCCCUGGAAUCCCGUGGGGGCUAUGCAGGGGUGUCAGGCUACGGCACCUUUGCCUUUGGCGGGGAUGCAGGGGGCAUGCUAGGGCAGGGUCCUCUUUGGGCCAGGAUGGCCUGGGCCGUGUCCCAGUCCUCAGAAGAGCAGGAUGAAGCUGUGACUGAGAGCCCUCAACCUCCAGACAGCUCAGGGCCCAUGGCUAAGGCCGGCGGGGUUCCCCGAAGGACCUCUCCGAGCUUCCCCCCAUGGGAGGAAGUCGAGCAGGUUUCCCUGGUACAGAUCCGGGAUCUGUCUGGUGAUGCAGAAGCAGCUGACACUAUCUCCUUGGACAUUUCUGAGGUCGAUCCUGCCUACCUCAACCUCUCUGAUCUAUAUGACAUCAAGUAUCUCCCCUUUGAGUUCAUGAUCUUCAGGAGGGUCCCCAAACCUGUAGAACCUCCAGAGUCACCCGGCUCUGAAAGCGAGGCCGGGCAAGGGCUGGCUGAGUUCCUAGAGGAGGCUGCGUGGCCCUGGCCAGGAGAGCUGGGCCUGGGUGCUGGCUUGGAAAUUACAGAGGAGUCAGAGGAGCCAGGGGACCUGGAAGCACUGCUGGGAGAGGCGGCUAUGGGCAGGAAGCGCAAGUGGUCCCCCUCCCGUGGCCUCUUCCCAUUCCCCGGGAGGUGCCUGUCAGGGGAGGAGCCCGUGGAGCUUGGGCUGCGCCAGAGGGUGAAGGCUUCCAUGGCUCACAUCUCCAGGAUCCUGAAGGGCAAGCCGGAAGGUCCUGAGAAGGAGGAGCCCCCCAGGAAGAAGGCAGGCUUAGCGUCUUUCCGGCUGUCAGGCCUGAAGGGCAGGGACCAAGCGCCAUCCUUCCUAAGAGAGCUCUCAGAUGAGACUGUGGUCCUGGGCCAGUCAGUGACACUGGCCUGCCAGGUGUUGGCCCAACCCACUGCCCAGGCCACCUGGAGCAAAGAUGGGGCCCUCCUGGAGAGCAGUGGCCACCUCCUCAUCUCUUCCACCCUGAAGAACUUCCAGCUGUUGACCAUCCUGGUGGUGACAGAGGAGGAUCUGGGCACAUACACCUGCUGUGUGAGCAAUCCGCUGGGGACGGCAGUCACGACAGGGGUCCUCCGGAAAGCAGAGCGCCCCUCAUCCUCUCCACGCCCAGAGGUGGGGGAAGUGUACGCAGAUGCAGUGCUGCUGGUCUGGAAGCCCGUGGAAUCCUGUGGCCCGGUGACCUACAUCGUGCAGUGCUGUAUAGAAGGAGGCAGCUGGACCACCCUGGCCUCUGACAUCUCCGACUGCUGCUACCUCACCGGCAAGCUGUCCCGGGGUGGCAUGUACACCUUCCGGACCGCGUGUGUCAGCAAAGCAGGAAUGGGCCCCUACAGCAGCCCUUCAGAGCAAGUCCUCCUGGGAGGGCCCAACCACCUGGCCUCUGAGGAGGAGAGCGGCCGGGGGAGGCCAGCCCAGCUUCUCCCCAGCACAAAGACCUUCGCCUUCCAGAUGCAGAUCCGGAGGGGCCGCUUCAGUGUGGUAAGGCAGUGCAGGGAGAAGAGGAGUGGGCGGGCGCUGGCCGCUAAGAUUGUUCCCUACCAGCCGGAGGACAAGGCGGCCGUGUUAAGAGAAUACGAAGCACUUAAGAGACUGCACCACCCACAUCUGGCCCAACUCCACGCCGCCUACCUCAGUCCCCGGCACCUGGUGCUCAUCCUGGAGCUGUGCUCUGGCCCUGAGCUGCUACCCUGUCUGGCAGAGAGGGACUCCUACUCAGAGUCUGAUGUGAAGGACUACCUGUGGCAGAUGCUGAGUGCCACCCAGUACUUGCAUGCCCAGCACAUCCUGCACCUGGACCUGAGGUCCGAGAACAUGAUGAUCACUGAGUACAAUCUGCUUAAGGUUGUGGACCUGGGCAAUGCUCAGAGCCUCAGCCAAGGGAAGGUCCCACCCCCUGAGAACUUCAAAGACUACCUGGAGACCAUGGCUCCGGAACUCCUGGAAGGCCAAGGGGCUGUUCCACAGACAGACAUCUGGGCUAUUGGUGUGACAGCCUUCAUUAUGCUGAGUGGCGAGUACCCGGUCAGCAGCGAGGGGACUCGUGACCUGCAGAAAGGCUUGCCCAAGGGACUCAUUCGUUUGAGCCGCUGCUACGCAGGGCUGUCUGGGGGUGCCGUAGCCUUCCUGCAGAGCGCACUGUGCGCUCGACCCUGGGGCCGCCCAUGCGCCACCACCUGCUUGCAGAGCGCCUGGUUGACAGAGGAGGGCCCCGCGGGCUCCCGGACCACGCCCGUGACCUUCCCCACCGCGCGCUUGCGCGCCUUCGUGCGCGAGCGCGAGAAGCGGCGGGCACUACUCUACAAGAAGCACAACCUGGCCCAGGUACGCUGAGGUCCUGCUCUGCAGGGCAAGAUGUGCCUUGCCACGUGAGGACACCUGUGCCAAUAAAAGAUGCAAAAACGGCCAGA